UCCUUCUUCAUUUCUCACCCUCUUUUCGUUCUCUCUCUCUCUCUCUCUCUCUCUCUGAGUCAGAGAUGGAAAGGCUUCCUGUGCAUCUCGACAUGGAGAAUCUGAUUGCGGUCAGGGUCUUGGGUAGGGGGGCAAUGGGCACCGUCUUCUUAGUAACGGAACGGUCAGCCUCAACCUGCCCGUUCGCUCUCAAGGUAGUGGAGAAAUCGACCCUCCACACUAAGUUCGAUGCUGACCGGCGUGCCCGCUGGGAAAUGUCCGUACUUUCCCGGCUCUCCCAUCCCUUCCUCCCAACACUUCUGGGCAGCGUCGAGAACGACGAAUUUCUGGGCUGGGCAGUACCGUACUGCCCAGGCGGCGACCUCAACGUCCUCCGCUACAACCAGACCGACCGUAUUUUCUCAACCUCCGCCAUACGCUUCUACGUAGCCGAGAUUGUUUGCGCCCUCGAGUAUCUACACCGUAUGGGGAUCGUAUACCGAGAUCUCAAGCCCGAGAACGUGCUGAUCCAGCAAACCGGCCACGUCAUGCUCACGGACUUCGACCUCUCGUGCGCCCUCGCGCACAGGAAGAAGACGAAGAGCGAAAACUUGGGCUCGACGUCAGCUCCUGCUGACGUGGCGGAGGGGAGGAGGCGGACGAAGCACUGCCGGAAUCUGUCGCUGCUGAUGUCGGCCUUGUCGGAGAAGGGCCUGAAGAAGCCGAAGCCUGCCAGGGUCUCGCCGGUGAGCCGCCGGAGGGAGAGCUUCACCGCCGGUGAGCGGGCGAAGUCGUUCGUUGGGACCGAGGAGUACGUGGCGCCGGAGGUAGUUCGCGGCGACGGCUACGAGUUCGCCGUCGACUGGUGGGCCCUCGGGAUCCUGACGUACGAGAUGGCGUACGGACGGACCCCGUUCCGGGGUAAGAACCGUAAGGAGACUUUUCGAAACGUGCUGACGAGGCCGGCGGAGUUUGUCGGGAAAUGGUCUGCGUUAACGGACCUGAUCUCGCGGCUGCUGGAGAAGGACCCGACCCGCCGUUUGGGUUAUGACGGGGGGGCGACAGAAAUCAAAGAGCACGCUUUCUUCAGCGGGCUGAGGUGGGACCUUCUCGCGGAAGUUUCACGGCCUCCGUUUCUCACGCCAUCUGAAGACAAAAAGGAGUUGACGGAUCUGUUAGGAAAGAAAGCGUUCGACAUUAGGGACUACUUUCAGAAUCAACGGCGGAAGCAGUCUUCGCCGUCACCGCCUCCAUCACCGCCUCCGUCACCUACCCCAGAUCAUCGCAUAAACGUUUCUUCUGACAUCACCUGACGGAAUUCGUUAACUUUCCGUUUGUACAUUAAAAAAAACGAUAUGCGAAACGGAAGAUUGUGAUUAGAUAUAUUCGGGGUUCUCUUGAGAGAGAGAAAAGCUCUGAUACUCCGUCGAAGUGUGAUGGGUGAUGCGCAGGCACUUAGAAAUUGCUUAUGAAUUGCAUGAGUUGUAUACAAGUAAUUCGAAUUAAGCUUUCCAAAGCUCUGGGUCCCAUUACCAUGGUUUUUGGAUACACGGAUUGCCUGCGACGGAAAUCGAAGUGGGGCCCACCGUUAUGUUUGUAAGAGAUCCACCCUGUCCAUGUCAUGAUAGAACAUGGGUCCACAAAAAUAAGGUAGAUCCAAAACUAAAGUGGGCCGCAUGAUAGAGUAGAGAAAUGUGUACCACGGAAACCUUCUUGGUAUGAUGUUUAUAUGUCACCAACACCGCUCAUAAUUUCAAUCUACUCGGAUGAACUUAAUUUCAA